AUGGCGGACUGUUCGCAGCUCACUCAGAAUGGGUCUAAGGCAACUGGACAGCAACCACAUCAGCUGCAUCGAAGAUGGAGCCUUCCGAGCCCUGCGCGAUUUGGAGAUACUCACUCUCAACAACAACAACAUCACACUCAUCCCGCUGUCAAGCUUCAACCACAUGCCCAAACUGCGGACACUUCGCUGCACUCCAACAGCCUGCACUGCGACUGCCACCUGUCCUGGCUCUCUGAUUGGCUGCGUCAGAGGAGAGGGUUGGCCCCUUUCACACAGUGCAUGGCCCCCGCCCAUAUGAGAGGUCUCAAUGUUCCUGAUGUUCAAAAGAGAGAAUUUGUCUGCACAGGUCCUGCUCAGACGGAGCCAAGGUCAUGUGCUCCCCAGGCGUCCAUCUGCCCUGCCUCCUGCACCUGCAACAACAACAUCAUUGACUGCCGUAGAAAAGGCCUGACGGAGAUUCCUGCCAACCUGCCUGAAGGAAUUGUAGAAAUUCGUCUGGAGCAGAACAUGAUCAAGAGCAUCCCAGCAGGAGCGUUUUCCACGUACAAGAAACUGAAGAGAAUAGACCUGAGCAAGAAUCAGAUAUCCGAGAUUGCAGAAGAUGCAUUUAGUGGCCUGCGCUCGCUCACUUCACUGGUCCUGUAUGGAAAUAAAAUCGCAGAGAUCCCAAAGGGACUGUUUGAUGGCCUGGUCUCCCUGCAGCUGCUACUGCUGAAUGCCAACAAGAUCAACUGUCUUCGAGUGAAUACUUUCAAAGACCUGCAGAACCUCAACCUGCUGUCCCUCUAUGACAACAAGCUUCAGACCAUCAGCAAAGGCCUGUUCACCCCUCUGCGCGCCAUCAAAACACUACAUCUGGCUCAGAAUCCCUUCAUGUGUGACUGUCAUCUGAAGUGGCUGGCCGACUACCUGUUUGACAAUCCAAUUGAGACCAGCGGAGCUCGAUGCAGCCACCCGCGCCGCCUCGCCAACAAACGCAUCAGCCAGGUCAAGGGCAAGAAGUUUCGCUGCACAGGUGCGGAGGACUACCGCAGUCGUCUCAGCGGCGAGUGCUUCCAGGACCUGGUUUGUCCCGAGCGCUGUCGGUGUGAGGGAACGGUGGUGGACUGCUCCAACCUCAAACUCACCAAAAUCCCCCCUCACCUGCCGGAGCACACCACCGACCUACGGCUGAACGACAAUGAAAUCUCCGUCCUAGAGGCUACAGGGGCCUUUAAGAAGCUGCCAAACCUGCGCAAGAUAAACUUAAGCAAUAAUAAACUCCGGGACAUCCGUGAGGGGGCGUUUGACGGGGCCGGAGGUGUUUUGGAGAUGCUGUUGACCGGAAACAAGCUGCAGUCAGUCAGUGGAAGGAUGUUCAAGGGCUUGAGCGGCCUCAAAACGCUGAUGCUGAGGAGCAAUCAGAUCAGCUGUGUGGAUAACGCCACCUUCACCGGCCUGAGCUCCGUGCGCCUGCUUUCCCUCUACGACAACCGGAUUUCCACUAUCGCCCCGGGAGCUUUCAACACCCUGCAUUCCCUCUCCACCAUUAACCUGCUGUCUAAUCCCUACGUGUGUGACUGUCACUUAGCCUGGCUGGGACUGUGGCUUAAGAAGACCAGGGUGGUUAGUGGCAACCCACGCUGCCAGAAACCUGCCUUCCUGAAAGAGAUCCCCAUACAAGAUGUAGCCAUGCCUGAUUUCUCCUGCGACGGUGUGGAAGAGAAUGUGUGUCUGCCGUCGGCCCCUCGCUGUCCCGAUUCCUGCACAUGCUCGGACACGGUGGUGCGCUGUAGUAACCGCGGGCUGCGUUCGCUGCCUAAGGGUAUCCCUAAAGACACAACUGAACUAUAUUUGGAAGGAAACCUCCUCACCUCCGUGCCCAAAGAGCUUGCUAAUCUGAAACAACUGACACUGCUAGACCUCAGUAAUAACAGCAUCAGUCUUCUUGCCCCUCUCACCUUCAGCAACAUGACGCAGCUCGCCACCCUUAUCCUGAGCUAUAAUCAGAUUCGCUGUGUCCCGGUUCAUGCAUUUGAUGGCCUGCGUUCUCUCCGCCUGCUAACCCUCCACGGAAAUGACCUUUCAACUAUUCCGGAGGGAGCCUUCAGCCACUUGACAUCUCUGUCUCAUCUGGCUCUAGGUGCGAACCCCCUGUACUGUGACUGCGAGCUGCGCUGGUUGUCUCAGUGGGUGAAGGCUGGGUUUAAAGAGCCUGGCAUCGCCCGCUGCACUGGACCACCUGACAUGGCCGACCGCCUGCUGCUUACCACCCCUCUCAGUCAGUUCCAGUGCAAGGGUCCAGCAGAUUUGAAUCUGAUGUCCAAGUGCGCCCCCUGUCUGGUGACUCCCUGUCAGAACAACGGCACAUGUGUGAGUGAUGUCACGGGCUCCUACCGCUGCACCUGCCCUUUCGGCUACAAGGGUCGUAACUGUGAGAUCCCCAUUAACGCCUGCAUCAGCCUGCCGUGUGUUAAUGGAGGCACAUGCCACCUCACACCUGGACUGGACGGGCACUACAGCUGUGUGUGUCUGCCUGGGUACGAGGGCCAGCAGUGUGAGCUGAAUCCUGAUGACUGUGAAGACAACGACUGUGAGAACAACUCCACCUGUGUGGACGGCAUCAACAACUACACCUGCGUCUGCCCUCCGAACUACAGAGGUGAUCUGUGUGAGGAGGUGAUUGACCCCUGUCUGCCCGGGUUUGACCUCUGCCAACACGACUCCAAGUGUGUUCCCCUCACUAAGGGCUACAGGUGUGAAUGUUUGCCGGGUUAUGUUGGCCAGCACUGUGAGCAGGAUUACAACGACUGUCUGGAGAACAAAUGCCAGCAUGGAGCAGAGUGUAAUGAUGCCAUCAACGGAUACACGUGUGUGUGCAAGGAGGGGUUCAGUGGGUUGUUCUGUGAGACUCCUCCACCAAUGAUAAUACUCCAGAAGACGAGUCCAUGUGAUCAGUCUUACUGUCAGAAUGGAGCGCAGUGUCUGGUCGUGGAGGGAGAGCCUGUGUGCCGGUGUCCACUUGGCUCCAAGUGUCAUAAGAUGGUCACAGUGCACUUCCUCGGGAAAGAUACCUAUCUGGAGCUCUCAGGCGCCAAGAUCCGACCACCCAUGCAUAUAUCCCUCCAGGUAGCCACAGAUAAGGACAAUGGCAUUCUGUUGUAUAAAGUGGACGAUGACCCACUCGCACUAGAGCUGUAUCAGGGACACAUACGUUUGAUCUAUGAUGUUGCCAAGUACCCCCCAACCACGAUGUACAGUGUGGAGUCAGUGAAUGAUGGUCUUUUCCACACGGUGGAGGUGCUGAUCCAGAAUCAGACGCUGAGUUUGGUGGUGGAUAAAGGGGCACCGAAAAGCCUGGGCAAACUCCCGCAUCCUCCGGCUGUGGACCACAACACACAGCUCUACAUAGGAGGUGUGCCCUCUCUGGUUGACACAGCAGGCCUGCGACCGGGUCCAGACCGUCCCUUCCAGUCCUUUAACGGCUGCAUUCAUGACGUACGGCUCAACGGGGAGCUCCAGGACCUCGGCGGUGGGCUGGCAGGGGUGGAGGGCAUCUUGCCGGGCUGUCACUCCUGCGGUGUCUGUGCUCACGGGGCCUGCAGACAGAGAGGAGAGGCAGGCGUGACCUGCGAGUGUCCCAGCGGCCACAGCGGCCCUCUGUGUGAAGAGACCACCUCCCAGAGCCCCUGUCAGAGCAGCAGGUGUGUGCACGGUGUGUGUGUGCCGAAGGGCUCCUCGUACAGCUGCUCUUGUGCAGAUGGAUACUCGGGCCAGUUCUGUGACAGACGGGAAGAGUCCGCCGUCUGCAAGGGGCUGCACUGUGUGCACGGAGAGUGCAGGGUGACGGAGAGCGGCGAGCCGGUUUGUCACUGCCAGUCUGGGUACAGGGGGCCGUCCUGUGAAACAGAGUCGACGUGCCAAGGAGAGAUGGUCCGUGAGCUGCUCAAGCGUAAUAUGGGUCAUAAAAACUGCACCUCCACCAGUAAAAUCGCUCGGUGUCCAGGCGUCUGCCGCUCGGGCCUGUGCUGCGCCCCCACCAAGAGCCGGAGACGGAAGGUCAGCUUCAAGUGCUCCGACGGAUCUUCCUUUUCUGAGGAGAUGGAGACCACCGUGGAGUGCGGCUGCACAAAGUGCCCAUUGUAAUAUUAGCCUGGAGAAGAAGAUGGAGCGGAAAAGAAAAUAUAUUGUAAAAAAUAAACAAAACACAAAUAGAACUUAUUUUUAUUAAGGGAUGUUUUUUUUAAAGAAAGAGACUGCUUUUAUGAUGUUGCUUAUAUGAAAAGUAAUUUUGUAUCGUAGGGACAAAAACACACAGAUUAACAUUCCUGAAAAUAUAUGAAUUAUAUAAAUAUGUAUAAAUCUAUAUAGAUGUAAAACCUAACCUGAGAAUUAAUUUGGUCUGCGUAUUGCAUGUCUGUUGUGAAGUGUGAGAGCGGAGAGAAAUUGUAAUGGGGAGCUGAAAUGUGCCCAAUCAGACGCGGACUCUCUGGACUCUCUAACACAGGAAGUGGUGAGCCAACUUUCUGUGCUCUGGUGGCGGAAAACAAAUGAACUGUUCCUAACGGACCUCAGAGAGCUCACCUGUGGAUUUCAAGGACGGCGCUUCGAGUGGGAUGAGCUGAUGUUUUGAACUUUAGAUGUUGCUUUGCAAAAGCUCAUCGGCGUGGAUCUGGUUUACAAGCUGCAACUCAUCGGAGUGAAUUUUUUGCAUGACUGCAUGGAAGAGUUAAAUGUGAACAUGCUGCGGUCAGGCGGUAAAGCUGUUGUAGUAACUAUGAUAGUUGAACGCUCUCUACCUGUUUUACCUUGUACAGUUGAAAUCCAAAUGCGUCGCAGGUGAUACAGGUGCAAAGCACUUCAUACUGACGUAGUAUUCCGUCAUAACCGUCCUUUACUAAAAUAUUAAAUGCAAAUAUAUUACACCCAUUACUACUGUAUUGUUUCAUGUGUACCCUUUUUGGUUUUGUUUAAAUUUUUUAGAUGUAACACUCAGUGUCUUACUCGGAGAGACCGAGGUCUAUAGAUAUUCCCAAGGAAAAGCCAAUCAGUGUUAAUGAAUAUUCCUCCUGGUUCUGUCUCGCCCCUGUUCACCACAGACUGUUGUAUAAGGUUGUAUAAGGUAGGAAUCCCCAGUGAACGAUGUAACUGAGCUUGUGCAGGAAGUCUCAUGUUAGCACCUCUAAUCAGAUGACUGAUUGUUAUACGGUGCAUUUUCUAAUAAUGAUUUGUUAAAUAUGAAUUAGAGAGUGAUGAUUAACUUACAGUGAAUGUUGAAUUAAACUUGUAAUGAAAUACA